AUGGAUAAAGAUGAGUGCUCCAAAAACAAUGGGGGCUGCCAGCACGAGUGCCUCCACUCCUUCGAGUGCCAGUGCCGCAGCGGCUUCGUGCUGCACGACAACAAGCACGACUGCAAGGAAGCCGGCUGCGACCAUAAGGUGACAUCCAUCUCCGGGACCAUCACCAGCCCCAACUGGCCCGAUAAAUACCCCAGUAAGAAGGAGUGCACCUGGGCCAUCACCACUACACCAGGACACCGCAUCAAACUGCCCGAGCCCCUCGUCUCCUCCGGCAACAAAAUGUUCCUCAAAUUCGUCUCUGAUAACUCCGUCCAAAAAAAGGGCUUCGAGGCCACCCACUCCACAGUGUGCGGAGGGCAGGUCCGUGCGGAGGUGAAGACCAAGGAUCUGUAUUCCCACGCACAAUUUGGGGAUAACAACUACCCGGGGGGCUCGGACUGCGAGUGGGUGAUCAUGGCAGAGGAGGGCUACGGCGUGGAGCUCAUCUUCCAGACCUUCGAGAUCGAGGAGGAGGCCGACUGCGGCUACGACUACAUGGAGCUAUUUGAUGGCUAUGACGGGACGGCCCCACGCCUUGGCCGCUUCUGCGGCUCUGGGCCCCCUGAGGAGGUGUAUUCAGCCGGCGAUUCGGUGAUGAUCCACUUCCACUCGGAUGACACCAUCAACAAGAAGGGUUUCCACCUUCGCUACACCAGCACCAAGUUCCAGGACACGCUGCACACCAGGAAAUAA